UUCCCGAUUAAAGCUCCAAAGGGCCAAAGUUUGUUUAUCAUUCUUGUUCGGCAUUUUUUAACAUCAAAAUGAGCUCCAUUAAGAUUGAAUUUGCAGUUCAGAUGCGCCAAGAUGACGAGGCGUACGCCAGCGUGCUCCGAACAGCACUGGAUGGAUUAGGCCAGGUGGAAAUCGACACCAAUGAGGGACGAGUGAUUGUCCAGACCCAACGACCUUGGUCAGAGGUGCACGAUAAGAUUGAGGCAACCGGACGCAAGGCGGUGCUAUCAGGAUUCGGCGGCCAGUCGGCUGUGGCUCUCAUCAAUACAACGGGCAGUGUUGUGGACCGAACGCCCGUCCAGGGUGUAGUGCGUUUCACAACGAUCACGGCACGGGAGCCUGGAGUAGUGGUAGAUGGCGUGGUUGAUGGCCUGACGCCCGGUCUGCACGGUUUCCACAUCCACGAGAGCGGCGAUGUGUCCGCUGGAUGCGCCUCCGUUGGCUCGCACUAUAAUCCCCGCCAGUCGCCGCACGGAAGUCAAACAGCAGAGGCCGCAGAACGCCAUGCCGGCGACCUGGGCAACAUUCGGGCUGAUGAGAGCGGCAGAGCCACAUUCCGAUUUGUGGAUCCUAUCCUGGAGGUAUGGGACAUCAUUGGCAGGGCCAUUGUGAUAACAGCCAGUGCCGAUGACCUAGGAAGCGGUGGCAACCAACAGAGUCUCAUCGAUGGCAACUCUGGGGACAGGAUUGCCUGUGGGAUAAUUGCCCGUUCCGCUGGUAUACUGGAAAACUUUAAGAGAAUCUGUGCCUGCGAUGGCGUCACACUGUGGGAUGAGCGCAACAAGCCACUAGCUGGAGGGGAUCGCUCCCAAAAGCUAUAAAUUAAGACAAAAUGUCUGUUCUGUUCUG